GCAAGCUAUCGAGCUAGCGAGAAGGUACCAGUGCGAGGUUUGCGCUUGCUGUAUGUCAUUGAGUAAUUCCAGACUGUCUUCCCUUUUCCGCAAAGUCUAUCCAUUCGACGAAGAAUCAACGGAGGUCCUAGACUACGCUUGCGGGACCGGCCUCAUCUCUCAGCACCUCACAGCAUACGCGAAGUCAAUCACAGGGCUCGAUAUCAGCUCUGGAAUGACCAACAGAUACAACGAGCGAGUGGAGAACCAGGGUUUGGAACCAGAGAAUAUGCGGGCCAUCUGCAUCGACCCCGAUGACGAUCUGAGGGAGUUUGAGGCAACGUUCGAUGUCGCUGUGUGCGCUGCGUCGUAUCAUCACUUUCCGUCCAUUGAGGAGACCACGCUCAAGCUCGCUCGCACUAUGCGACCAGGCGGCGUGCUGAUGGUCGCGGACUUAGUGAAGGUGGAUGGGACGGAAGACCUGUACCCUGAGCAUGGCGACGCAUCGUUGGUCUGCCAUCAGGGCGGCAUUGCAGAGGCUGACAUCCGUCGAGUGUUUGGAGAGGCGGGGUUGUCAAAUCUUCGAUAUAGUGUGCACGAUAUCGCAGCGAAGCGAAAGGGGCAGCCAGUCGAAUUUUUCUUGAUGACGGGAAGAAAAGCGUAGGACAGAGGCUGGCGCAAGUGGAUUGAUUGUCAAAUCACGUUUGCGCGUGGAUUCUUUGCGAGGAGCAAUGCAUUAUACAUGUCGAGAGAUACAACAGAUUGCAAGAGAGGGAAGCGCAAGAUGGGAAGGCGGGAAGGAGGGCGAUGGGGAGGGGACUAUGACUGCUGCACUUGCUGAAUUAAGGUGAUGUUGUCGCCCUUCAAUAAAAUGCGUCCAAGCUCUCUGCGGGGCUUCGCCUCCU